AUUAUGUAACUCUACACUUAUUCAAGUAAUAUAAAAACACAUUUUUGAAGCUCUGAGAUUCAUGUAUAGAUAGUUUGCCUUUAUGUUCAUUAUGUUUGAUUUCAUCUUGAAUAUUUUUUAGUUGACAAGCUCUCUGUUCCCAAAUUGGUACAUUAGUUUGUAAGAAAGUCACGUGCCUAUCUCGUGAGAGAGGUCUCGAAGACAUGUCACGAAAACAAACUUAGUGAAUUAUCUAAUCCAAAUUUCUUCGAACGAAAAACAUACAUAACAUAUCCAAGUCCAACUAUGACUGACACUAAAGCCAAACUCCAAUCUUCCCAAUUCUGAAAUCCACCAUAUAUUCAUAUUCCUACUGUAAUCAUCAAAUCAACUCAACCAUGGCAGUUUCAUCACUCUCAUUGACCUGGGUCUCCACUCCUCUCUAUAACAAGUUGAAUUCCGCCCAUUACAACGAGUUACCACGGCCUAAUUCUUCAUUAUUUUCGUGUAACAACAUUUCAUGCUCAAAAGACCCAACUUCCAAUGAAGAAGACCGUACCAAGAGGAGGACUCUACUGUUGGGAGUAGGAGCACUAACCUCAAGUCUUUUUCAAGCAAGUCCACUCUUUGCCCAAGAGAUACCAGCAAAUUAUCGAGCUUUUGUUGACUCUUCAGAUGGGUAUUCUUAUUAUUACCCUUCGGAUUGGAGGGACUUUGACUUCAUGGCACAUGAUUCUGCUUUUAAGGACAGAUAUCUACAGCUCCAGAAUGUUAGAGUAAGAUUCCUACCAACAGAUAAGAAAGAUAUCCAUGACAUGGGUCCAAUGGAAGAGAUCAUUCCUGAUUUGGUGAAACAUAGAUAUGCUGCACCUAGUCAAGUAGCCACAAUAUUUGACAUGCAGGAGAAAAGCGUAGACGGGAAGAACUACUACACCGUUGAGUUUCAACUUACAUCUCGAAUCUUUGCAACAACUUCAUUUGCUACCAUAGCCAUAGGAAAUGGAAGAUACUACACACUAAUUGUUGGAGCCAAUGAAAGACGCUGGAAAAGAGUCCGAAACAAGCUCAAAGUGGUUGCAGACUCAUUCAGGGUGUUGGAUAUUUAAGACCAUAAUUCUCCAUCUGUGUUAUCAUUUAUUCUUCAUGCUAAUUAAUCACCAUUCAUGUAUAUAACAUAUGUAAUUGUACUGAUCGUCUUUUUAUGAUUGCAUUAAUCAAAUGCAAAAAUUCAGACAAAGGAGUAAUAAUAAUUAAAAUCACCCAUGAAAA